GUAAACAUGGGUGGAGAGUUGAGUUAUCUCAUAAAGGCACAGGUAGUGGUCGAGGUGUUAGUGGCCGUGGCCGUGACCGUCAUGGUGGUUCUGAUCUGAAGUGUUAUGAAUGUGGUGAGCCAGGCCACUUUGCUCGUGAGUGCCGCAUGAGAAUUGGUCCUGGAGGACGAGGGAACGGGAGCCGCAGAAGCCCAAGUCCCAGGUUUCGCAGAAGUCCAAGUUAUGGUCGAAGGAGCUACAGCCCACGUGAUCGGUCUCCUAGACGCCGUAGCUUGUCACCUCGCCGCGGUCGGAGUUACAGCAGGUCACCUCCAUAUCCCUAUGGCAACGGUGCUGGUAAUGGGAGACAACUGAGCAGGAGCAGGAGCAGGAGCAGGAGUUAAGUAUCCCAGCUGGAGUCAUUAUCUAGUUUCCCAUAUUCUCUUUUGAGUUCUGUCCCUGGUUAAACUAUUUGGUAGCAUUUGGUUUGGAAAGAGACUUGCUCUUAACCAUGUUGCUUUUUAUAGACAAGAUAUUUUCAUCAUUUUAUGUCUUGGUGUUAACCUUUAAUGUUAAGAUAUAUAGGCUAUAUCUUGGAGUAUUAAACAUUUGAAGACUUAUAAUAAGCACUAAAAAUGUUACUUUUGUUUAUUUUUUGUUGGUUGAGGAGGCUUCGUCCUGCUUCAACAAAUGCUGCUCUUACAUUUGGUCACUUCCAUGCUCGCCAUCUUCGUUAUGACUUUUCUUCCUCGAAUUCAUCAGUCGAGAACUGUUAAUGCAACCCUUCUAUUUAGUGAGGAUCUACACCAAAUCGGACAGAGAAGAUCUGCUACCAAUCUGUUAAUGCACCCAAACGCAUCUGACAUACAAAUUUCUUCCUUUCUCCUAAUUUUCUUGUGUAAGUGGGGUACCCUCACCAAACUUGCUUCCUUUCUCUAGUUAAGAGAGGAUCUGCUCCUACUGAGUCCAUCAGGUAAAGCUCCCAAUUCCAUAAUCUGAAGCUAUUAGGCAGUAUCAAAAUGUUAAAGCUAAUAGAAUUGCAGGAGUUUUGGUUUUUCAUGUGGUUUCUUCUCCUCACUGUGAAAUAUUUGUUGCAAAAGGAAGCUGGUCCUCCUCUUGCUAUUCGAUACUGAGAUCGCUGCUAUGAUUUCUGCACCUUUCUACAAUGCUACACAUCGAAGGUAGUGCUAACUUGUUGUCUGCCAUUGGUAUAUUGUUGAGGCAUUUCCUAGAAAGCGUUUGCUGCUAGAUUCUGAAUCAGGUCUCUAGAAUAGAUUUUGGUUGAAGUCAUAACAAACAAUUUUUUGCCACUUUUUUUAUGCUUUCAAAAAAGAUUUGUACUAAAAAAUUAUUGUAGAAAAUGGUAAAAAAAAAUUAUCCCAAAUGAAACUUAACUGUUCUAAUGUUAGAUUGUA